AGGAGCGGCGCAUGCGCCGACAGGCGGGAGCAGGGCGGGGUGCCGCGAGUGGGGCAGGCGGGGCGUAGCGGGAGGCGGAGGCUCAGGCAGCGGCCAUGGCGUCCGAGCGGCUUCCCAGCCGACCCGCCUGCCUCAUCGUAGCCAGCGCCGCCACCCGCGGUGUGUCAGCCCACUCGUUCCUCCACUGCUUCACCACGUGUAGUGCUGCCUUCAACCUGCAAGUGGCCACACCAGGGGGGAAGGCCAUUGACUUUGUGGGCGUGAAUGAAAGCAACAUGCGCUGGAUCCAGGACUUCCGCAUGAAGGCCUAUGCCAGCCCGGCCAAGCUGGAGUCCAUUGAUGGUGCCAGGUACCAUGUCCUGCUCAUCCCCAGCUGCCCUGGGGCACUGACUGACCUUGCCAACAGUGGGUACCUGGCCAGGAUCUUGGAGCAUUUCAGCACUGAGCAGAAGCCUAUCUGUGCCGUGGGGCAUGGUGUGGCUGCCCUCUGCUGUGCCACCAAGGAGGAUAAGUCUUGGGUGUUUCAGGAUUACAGCAUGACUGGGCCCUCUGUGUACGAGCUCAUCCGGCAGCCUGGCUUUGGCAGCAUGCCCAUCAUCGUGGAAGACUUUGUGAAGGAUGCUGGGGCCAGCUUCAGUGCCAGCCAACCAGAUGCCGUGCACGUGGUCCUGGAUCGGCACUUGGUCACAGGCCAGAACGACGCCUCCACGGUCCUGGCGGUCCAGAACCUGGUGUUCCUGUGUGGCAGCAGGAAGUGAGCGGAGACCUUAGCUGUGGCUUCAGGAUUUGGGACCAGUGACUCCUUUGGACCUGCCUGGGUGGGUGGGGGGGCAUCCAGAGACACUGAAAGUCUUCCCCCCACCCAGCACGGCCUCCCUUUUCGUCAGGGUAGCUUCCCCUUCUAAAGCUGAGCCCAUCCAACCCCCCAUUCCCCUGCCUUCCCUCCCUUGAGCCAGGAGAGCCACCAGGGGCUCUGGAGAUGACCCGGCCACAUGCCCUAUGCCCUGGUUGGAGUUGCUCCCAUCCUUGGUCACUCAGGCCUUCUCAGAAUAACUGGGCAAUGCCCCUGGCUGACCCAGCACUAGGACACUGGGGCCUUGGCUGGGCCAUGCUUAUGCACACACACUAAUAAAAGGAAAAUGAACCACCA